AUGAAACGUACCGUCAAGUACGAACUACUGAGUUUACCAGGCUGGAGCCGUGCCGAAGGCAUUCGAAUGAUCUUUCAUAUGGCUGGUGUCGAGUACGACGACGUCAGGUUAACGGUACCUGAAUGGAGGUUGUUCAAGGUUAAAGGUAACAUUUUAAAACAUUUUUAUCAUCCCUCCCCCCUGCCUUCAAAAAUAAUGUUCAAAAAAGAACCUUACUAGUCUUAGAAUCAUUUGAAAGUCUACCUAUGAAAAAGUUCAAUAAAAAGUGUCAUAUUUUAGCUUCACUACCACCAGAAGUUCGGCUACCCAUCCUCCGAAUCAAAACUCAUUGUAUUGUGGCUGGAACGGUGCCUAUUGCUCGCACAUUGGCAAGGCAAUACGGUAGGUUAUGAAGCCUUGCUUAGUACCUUGAAAAUCAUUUUUAAGCCUAAAAAUUUUAAAAAAUUGAAAAACACAGCAAAAAACGUACUGUACUUUAAGAACUUUUAGGUAUGUACGGUGAGUCAGCGAUUGAAGAAAGAGACAUCGAAGAGAUCAUUCGAUAUGUUGACCAAAUCCAUGAUGCUCUACUGCCUAUCAUUAGGCAUACUUUGACAAAAGAUUAUGAAAAACGAGUAAGGCUUUCAAUAAAGUUUAGGCUAGGGUACGGCAGGGUAGGAUAGAGUAAGCUAGUGCAAGAUAUGGUAGGGUAACGCAGGGUAGUGCACAAUAAGGUAAGGCAUAGUAAAAUAAUGUACGGUAGAUUACAAGAAGAUAGAGUAGGAUGUAAGAGGGUGGAGUGGGAUAAGGUAAGGAAGGGUACGGUAACGCAGGUCAGAUUACAAUAGGGCAGGGUAUGGCACAGUAGAAGCCAAUAGAUUAAGGUAGGGGGUAGGGUCGCUUGUUUAUAAUAUAAGCGAAAUUUAGAAAGCCUACUGGAUGGACUUCAAAGACAACGUACUCAACCCAACCUUGGACUACCUAGAGCGAAAACUAAGAAACAAUGACUACUUUGUUUCAGAUCAGGUAACCACUGACAGUAUCUAUACAGGGUGUCCCAAGAUUUUUGCGGAAAAGUAAAAGCUUGUUUCUCGAAAAGUACCAGACCAAAUUGGACGAUUCUUUUUUUAGUACACUUGAAAUUGCGGGCGGAUUUGGUAUUGGUACUUCGUUUUUUGAUAUUCGGCGGAUGGUCGGCGGAGACCGGCGGAGGCUACUUUUUUGCUUUGACCAAUCCAAAACCUUCAUUUUUUGGUUCCUAUGUCACCUGCUGAUUCGUCAAAACGCUUUCCAAUCAAAACAUGUCUUUCCCUGCAUCGGCGGACGACCGGCGGAGAAAAACGGCGAAGGCCAUAACUCCGCUCAAACUCAAUAUUUUUUCACCGGACAAAAAAUGGAAAUGUUAUUUUAAGCUUUUUAAUACAUUUAAUCAAGUUUACAGUUCAAAAAAUUUCAUUGGCUGACGAUCGGCGGAGAAAAUCGGCGAAGGCCGUAUCUUGGUCAAUUUUUAAUAGUUUUUCUUCGGAAAACAAGUAAAAAUGUUCUUUUAAGCUUUUUAAUCAUUUCAAUUACGUUUAAAACUCGAAAAAUUUCACCGGCAGACGAUCGGCGGAGAAAAUCGGCAAAGGCCGUAUCUUGGUCAAUUUUUAAUAGUUUUUCUUCGGAAAAAAGUUGUUGGUACCCUAAGGUCCUUCUCUACCUAACUGUUACGAAUUCAGAAAUUAGUGAAGUUUUUAAAAAUUAGUUAAGAUUACUUUCGAUCGACAGAGAUCAUAUAUUUUUUAAAUAAAAUCAUAAAAACAUAGUUGAAACUUUUCUGACUUGGUGUUAUUUUUAUUUUUUUUAAAACUCGUUGAUCAAGAAAAAAUGGUUUGGAUUGCUGAUGUUAAGAGUGAAUGUGUUGAAUGGUAUUUUAAGUUAGGGGAAAGUCCUGAAAGCGUUCGUAGAAAGUACAUGGCCGUGUAUCACCCCCGUAGCCCUCGUGCACCCUGUCCGUCAGCAGAUUCUAUUAAACGCUGGGUUAUCGAGUUUCGUAGUCGUCGCCACUGCCUCAGAAAAGAAAAAAGUGAAAACAAAGUAAGCACAACUAACAAAAUAACAUUUCUUUAGCUUUGUUGCCACUCCUGAAGUUGUUGCUAGAAUUGGGGAUGCUAUUGCCGAGAAUCCGCGAAUAUCUGUAAGGGAACUGAGCCGUUUUGAGGGUAUACCUUCGAAGAGUACAUGUAGUCGGAAAUUGCGCGAAGAUGGGUACCACCCAUACAAACUUCAAAAAGUGCAAGAAAUCUUGCCAAGGCACAUAGUACAACGUUUAUCGCAUUCAAAUGUUAUGCUUGAGCAGCUGCAAAACAACGAGGCGUUUUUGGAAGAGCUAGUUUUUAGCGAUGAAUCCACGUUUCAUAUCCAUGGCCGCUUAAAUCGUCAAAAUUCAAGGUGGUGGGCUAAAGAGAAUCCUCACUGGUGUGUAUCAGAGCCGCUGCAUUCUCCCAAAACGAAUGUGUGGGCAGCCAUCGGGUGGAACGGGGUUGUGGGGCCUUUUUUCAUUGAUGAAAACAUUAACGGGGCACGUUAUUUGGAGCUGUUAGAGCAAGAUGUGUUGCCACAGCUUCUACAGUGGCCAAAUUCAGGUACGAAAAACAAGCAAAAUACUAAUUUAUAUCUUUUUAGCUACUUUGGUGUACAUGCAUGAUGGGGCUCCGCCUCAUCAUAGCUUAGUUGUGCGCGAGUUUUUGAACACCCAUCUGCCGGGUCGCUGGAUGGGUCGGGAUAGUCGCGGCGCUCCUCCUCCGUUCGUUUGGCCGGCAAACUCGCCCGAUCUAACCCCAAUGGAUUUUUUCCUUUGGGGUUACGUGAAGGCAAAAGUAUACAGUGUUCAAGUCGCGUCGUUACGCGAACUAAAGCAAAAAAAUUCGCGAUGUGGUUGCGGAGAUUUCAGUGGAAAUGUGUCUCCCAACUUUGCGUAACUAUCCGAAGCGAUUGCGACGGUGUCUUGAUGUUGGUGGUCAAAGUGUGGAAAGGAGUUACCCAGCAACCAACGAUGAACAAUCUCAUUAGUUAGCGUUGUUGUUAUAUAGGUUAUUGUUAAUAAACUUUUUAUAAAAAAUAUCGGAAUAGUUUUAAAAAGUUAAAUAAAAAAAAUAAAAAUAAUAAUAUUUUUAUAAAAAAAUUUUAAAAAUUUAAAAAUUUUUUAAAUUUGUUUGGUAGAGAAGGGCUUUAGGGUACCAACAACUUUUUUUCCGAAGAAAAACUAUUAAAAAUUGACCAAGAUACGGCCUUCGCCGAUUUUCUCCGCCGAUCGUCCGCCAAUGAAAUUUUUUGAACUGUAAACUUGAUUAAAUGUAUUAAAAAGCUUAAAAUAACAUUUCCAUUUUUUGUCCGGUGAAAAAAUAUUGAGUUUGAGCGGAGUUAUGGCCUUCGCCGUUUUUCUCCGCCGGUCGUCCGCCGAUGCAGGGAAAGACAUGUUUUGAUUGGAAAGCGUUUUGACGAAUCAGCAGGUGACAUAGGAACCAAAAAAUGAAGGUUUUGGAUUGGUCAAAGCAAAAAAAGUAGCCUCCGCCGGUCUCCGCCGACCAUCCGCCGAAUAUCAAAAAACGAAGUACCAAUACCAAAUCCGCCCGCAAUUUCAAGUGUACUAAAAAAAGAAUCGUCCAAUUUGGUCUGGUACUUUUCGAGAAACAAGCUUUUACUUUUCCGCAAAAAUCUUGGGACACCCUGUAGAAUAUCGGUCAGAAAUAUCACUGCUAACUCUUAAAUAACAAUUUUAGUCCUAACCCAUGAGUAACAUAUCAAACCUUCCAGAUAACAGCCGCCGACCUCAUCGUAGCCGAAGUUUUGUCACGUUUCGUCAACCUGUUCGACCAAAACAUCUUGAAAACCUAUCCCAGACUAGAAGAACACCGGCUGCGUAUCGAAAAUCAACCUCAGUUGCAACAGCUUGUCCAGAAUCGACCAAAAUCCGUCUUUUGA